ACCAACUUCAAAGCGAGUCGGUCACUUAUAGAUCAACCAAAGCCCAACAUCAGAACCCCUUUGCGAAAAGAACACCAAUGGAGAGGCGCAUGAUAUCCUUUCGAUCAAGAAUCUCAUAUUCGGAGCGCGACGAUGUCUUCAUCACAAUCAGAGACGGAGACGCUCCUACCGUCUGAGGUCUUUUCCCACCACCUCGACUCGGCAGACCAGGACAGGCCUGUCAAAGUCGACGACUUCAAGAGGAACGUCAAGAUCUGCAAGGCUGCUCUCGGCUUGGUUCUCCCUGUGACGUUGGGUCUGGAGAUAUGGAACUUGGUCUUGUCGUCCAGAGAGCUCGCUGGGCUGGAGACGAGUGACCGGGCCAUCAAGGCUGCGAUAGCGGGGCAGGUAUGGAUUGAUGGCCUGGGGACGGCAGCUAUUACUUGCUUGGCCCUCUUAUACGUUCCAGCCCUCUUCAAAACCAUCACCAUCCGAACCCUCAGCCUCACUCCCGAAAUCCAACACGCAUCCCUCCACCGCGCUCUCUGCCAGCUCGGCUUCAUCAGCACCUUAUUCCUCAUCGGCCUCCAUGCCGUACCCGGUAUCGCAUACACCAUCAUCACCCACCUCCCCUCUCCCACCCUCUCUGCAACCCAUGGUACGUUACUCCGGCAUCUGCGUACCGCUGCGCUUGUAACUACGCUUCUGGCUGUAGGCCUCAUGCGCAGAGGACCGAAGCUUUACUUUCCCCCGCCUCGCUUGGGGACGGGAUUCGGGCUGAGUAACGAAAAGGAGGAGAAGGAGGACGAAGCGGGGGAAGAUGAGAGGGUGGUGAUCAAGUUGACACCAGCGGCGGAGGAGGCGGACCCUUUGGCGUCUGCGGUCACUAUAGGCCAGCAGCAGUAUGCGAUCCCUUCAGAGCCAGAGAGUAAUGUCUUUGAUUAUGACAAUUCGGCUAUGCUUGUCUUUGUCGUGAUUGGUUAUAUGGCCCCGCUCGCGGUUCGCUCGGCCUAUGUCGACAGUCUGCAGCAAUCUGAUCUCCCGCUGCUUGAGGAUAGGACACGCAACAGCGGGAUCGAUGAUUCAGUCUUUAGCGCGGAUCGUAAAGAUGAAGCGUUCAUCCCGGAGAACAAGAUAGGGAGUUGGCAGCUGGUCAAGCUCUUAUGGGCAGGCAAGGGCUGGACCGUGUUCACCUCGUUUGCUUUGGAAACGACAAGAAACUUGAUCAGCUUCAUCCAAAUCGCGGCUUUGCACGAGAUCAUCGACUCUUUCAAUCAGCCCGCCGGGUCUGAUAAGAGUUAUGCGUAUCUGAUGUGUUGGGCUUUGUUCUUUGGGCAAGUGGUCAAUGUACUGCUCUCUGCGUACUGUUGCGUGAGAGAGAAUUACAUGCUGCACGUACCCGUCCGGAUGUCUCUCAGUUCAAUGAUCCUCGCCAAAAUCCUCCGAACCACCGAUGCCAAAGCCCUCGAAGCCCACAACGUCGACGCCGACGACAAAACCCAAGACAACCGCGGCCGAAGUCAGGUCAUGAACUUGCUUUCUAUAGAUGCCAAUACUGUUGCUUCUUUGGCCACUCGUCUUUGGGAUUUCGCUAAUGGGAUGACUACUUUGGUUAUCGGUACGGGAAUGCUCUACAAACUGUUCGGCGUUAGUGCAUUUGCGGGUAUCGUAUGCGUCCCUCUAUCGACCCCGCUUUCAUGGCUGGUUUCAAAGUUGAUCUAUAAGUGUGAUAAAGAAUGGAUGCGAGCUAGAGAUGCUCGUACCGGCGCUCUGAAAGAGUUCCUUCUCGGUAUCAAAGUGAUCAAACUUAACGCUUGGGAGCCUUAUUUCGGUGCGCGUGUUGCCAAACUACGAGCACACGAAGUCAAAUGGCAGAGGUGGAGGUUCACUCUCGGUACCGCUUUCAACGUUCUAGCAGAACAGCUUCCUGUCCUCUCUCUUCUGAUUACUUUUUGGUUCCAUACGAAGGUCAUGGGAAACUCUUUGGAUGCUGCUACUGCAUUCGUCGCCUUGAGCAUCUUUGGUCGUGUAAAGGACGGCCUCCAAGCCUUCCCCCAAGUCCUCCAAAACAUCCUCACAAGCAGAGUCUGUCUCGGCCGUCUCUCGCGCUUCCUCAGCCAGCCCGAAAUCGAUGCUGACAGAUGGCAAAACGCUUCUCGCCGUAUCUCGGCCCACGGCGCUACUAUCACUUGGCCGGCGGCUGAUGGUGUCCAGGUGGAGGAGAGUGGGAGGUUCAAGUUGAGGGAUGUGAAUUUGAGGGUGCCGGAGGGAAAGUUGAGUGUUUUGUGUGGGCCGCUUGGGGCUGGUAAAACGUUGUUGUUGAGAGCUUUCUUGGGCGAGGCCAAAGUAGAGGCCGGUACCGUCUUUGCACCUCGGUCACUCCCCGACGCCACUCCCGUCCUCUCUGAGGAAGAUUCUACCUGCAUUCAAUGGACUACCGAAAUGUGGCUCAACGACUCUGUCGCGUAUGCCCCCCAGCAAAGCUUCAUCCGACAUGGUACCAUCAGAGACAAUAUUCUGUUUGGUCAGCCGAUGUGGGAGGAGAGAUAUAGAGAGGCUAUGGGGCAGGCGGCGCUGAUGGCGGAUCUGGAGAUGUUUGAUUAUGGCGACUUGACGGAGGUUGGCGAGAAUGGUGUAACCUUGAGUGGUGGCCAGAAAGCCCGAGUGAAUCUCGCUCGCUGCCUCUAUUCUCGAGCUUCCACAAUCUACCUCGACGACAUCCUCUCCGCCGUCGACGCGCAUACAGCUCAGUAUAUCUUUGCCGAGUGUCUUCAAGGUCAUCUACUUGAGAAUCGUACCACUAUCCUCGUCACUCACCACGUCCGACUCGUUCUCCCCGCUGCCGCAUACAUUAUCUCCCUCACCAAAGACGGCAAGGUAGACCAAGCCUGUUCAACCUCGGAUGCGAAACUCGGAGAGCUAGAGCUAGAUGAGACACAUACAUCCCCUAGCAACGACGAAAGUCUAGAUACUCGUUCCAACCCUCAGCGUAGACUGUCCGUCAAACAAUCAGACAAACAGGCCCGACCACAAGACGUUUCUAAGAUCCCCCGAGCCUCUCGCCAGCUCUACCGAGAGGAGCACCGAGAGGUCGGUCGCGUCUCUCGAAACCACUACUUCCUCAUCUUCCGCGCCGCUGGUGGUAAGCGCUACUGGACGUCCCUCUUCCUCAUCUUCGGAGGCCUCAGGGCCAUCACCAUCUGCAGGAGCUUUUGGCUUGAGCACUGGUCUGCUGAUCCUUCGCCCGAACACCUGAAUUACAAUCUCGCUAUCUACACCAUCAUCGUCUUUUUCAGUAUAUCCGUUGGCGCUUUCAGGUGGAUCUGGUUGUACGGGGUCAAGAAUGUUGGGUUCUACUCGAGAGGUAGUAGGCUCAUUCAUGAUGUGGUCAUGGAGAGCUUGUUCUCGGCGUCGUUGCAAUUCUUCGAAACGACUCCUCAGGGGAGGAUUUUGAAUGUGUUUGGGCAAGAUAUCUGGAGAUUGGACUGCAAUUCGGCGGAUGAUUUCGGCCGUACUCUAAUGGAUGGCCUUGCAAUCGUUACUGCCGCAGGUAUCGUCUUCUUCAAAGCUCCCGCGGUAGCUCUGAUAGCUCUUAUCUUCGGCAUACCUCUCUACUGGGUCAGCGGCCAUGUCAACAAAUUGCGAUCUGAUAUCCGACGCCUUACUGCCACGGCCUCCUCCCCCCUAUACUCGCUAUACAACGAGGCUAUUGAUGGUGUCGUGAUGGUUCGGGCGUUCGGGCAAAACAAGCUACUGAUGGCCACUAUGAAGACACUGAACAACAGGGAGAGGGUGGCGUGGGUGGCGAACUGGGUUGCCUAUCAGUGGGUGAGCGCUAUGGUCAGGUCGGUGACGAGUGUUGUCAUCACUGCUACUGGCUUCUUGCUGGUAGGGCAGAACAUCUCUGCCUCUCAAGCAGGUUUGAUAUUGAGUUUUGCCUCGCUCGUGUCUUCCGGGCUAUUCAACCUGAUGGAACGGUAUUCUCAGUUGGAGCAGACGUUUGUCAGCGCUGAGCGAGUCAACUACUACAUCAACAUGCCUGAUCACGAAACAGAAGAAGGAGCCAUGCCGCCGAAAGAAUGGCCCACAAGUGGAAAGAUCGAGGUACAGGAUCUCAGUGUGCGAUACGCCUCCGACCUUCCCACAGUCCUCAACAACAUUUCGUUUUCUAUUGAGCCCGGACAUCGAGUGGGUCUCGUAGGGGCGACAGGCUCCGGCAAGUCUACUUUGGCCCUGGCCUUGUUCAGAGCUGUUGGCGAGCAAGAAGGCCGGAUCCUCAUCGAUGGUGUUGAUACUUCCACUGUCUUGUUACCGGAGUUGAGAAAGAGGCUAAACAUGGUCGCUCAAGAUGGGAUCCUGUGUUCUGGAAGCUUGAGGGAGUCAUUGGACGUGACUGGUCAACGAACCGAUUCCGAAAUUUACGAGGCUCUUCGCAAAGUCCACCUCAUUUCUGGGGAUAUGACCGAAGCGGAGACCCAGGAGAACCCCUUCGCUGACCUCGACACCUAUGUCGCCAUUGAAGGAGCAAACUUUAGUCAAGGUCAACGUCAAUUGCUUUGUCUCGCACGAGCGUUACUGAAGGACUCCAAAAUCUUGGUCAUGGACGAAGCCACGUCCUCGGUUGACUUUGCGACGGAUGCCAAGAUCACGGCCACAAUCAAGGAAUGUUUCUCCGGCAUUACGAUGCUCGUCAUCGCCCAUCGUCUUGCGACGGUCAUGAGCUAUGACCGUAUCCUCGUUCUCGACAAGGGUCAAAUCGUGGAAGCAGGCAAGCCCGAAGAUCUUAUUCGCAAUCAUACAUCACGAUUCUAUGGCCUCUGUAUGGCCCAAGGAAUCGAGGAGUACAACUCACUGUUGGCCAUGGUGUCCGGGGAAGAGCUGAAUUAGUGCUCGUCCGAUCAUGCACCCCGUUCUAUCUAGAUUGUAGAAAUACUGUAGAGUUUAUACGUAGACGAUGUAACACAGCUGUCAUGUUUUGAUAGA